CAAAAAUUGACAGUGUGUGAUAUUACAUUAAAUAUCUUGUCAUAGCCUGCACUUUCUAAAUGUAAAAUAAAUUAUUUAAAUAUUUUUAAAAAAAUAAUGUCUGGAGAACAGUUUUCCUUAGUUUGGAAUAGUUUUCCAAGAAAUUUGUCUUCUGGAUUAUAUACAUUGUUAACUGAUGAACAGUUGGUUGACGUAACAUUAGCUGCAGAGGGUCAAAUACUCCGUGCACAUAAAUUAAUAUUGUCAGUUUGUAGCACAUAUUUCAGGGAAUUGUUCAAGGGAAACUCUUGUAAACAUCCAAUUGUGAUCUUAAAAGAUGUCAAUUAUCGUGAUUUAUCAGCAAUGCUUCACUUUAUGUAUCAGGGAGAAGUUAAUAUUAAGCAAGAAGAUAUUGCUAGUUUCUUGAAAGUAGCAGAAACUUUACAAAUAAAAGGCUUAACCACUGAAACAGAAGAGAAACUUGAAGAAACUUUAACGAAGAAUGCAGAAAACUUGGAUCAAAUAUUUAAUACAGAGAGAAGCAGUAUUAAAUCUGUUAAAUCAGAUGUAAAUGCCCCAGUUUUUGAGGAACAAAAACAAUUUGUACAGAAGAGUCAACAAUGCCAAAAACAAUGUGUUUUAUCAAAAGAUAAAUUACAUAAUAAUGAAUUUAUAGAGAACACAAAUAUCAGUGAUAUGUGUUGUCAACAAGAUUCUACUUCUGAUUCAACUUAUAAUAUACAUGAUAUGCAUAUGAUGCAAGACAAUGCUGCUACAAAUAUAGAAGAUGAACCACUAGACUGUACAGCUGAUAUAGGUCAUACAGAAACAGCAAAGCAUGAACCAUUGGAUUAUACACUUGAUGUAGAUACAGAAACGGGAUACAAGACAUGUUUGCCCAAUGAGUCACUUUAUAAACCUGAAGAAAAUUUACAAACAAAAGAUCAUGUACCAGAUAUGCAGUUAGUUCCCUACAAUCAGGAUGCACAAACUCAACCAUUUGGUUUAAGUAACAUGACUGGUUUUGAAAGUGAAUUUACGUACGAAACUGGUUGUCAUAGUAAAGGUCGACGAACUGUUAAAGGUAUUUCCAACAACAGUUUGCCAUUGGAAACCACUUUGCGCGUUAUAUCCGAACUGGGACCAACUUUACGUAUGGAAAGAGGCAAGGUUAUUCGAAUGUACUCAUGUCCAUGGUGUCUUCGUCAUUUUACGCGUAAGGAAAAUUUGAAACUACAUGUCCGAUAUAUACACGGUCCGCUUGAAAGUCUAACGUGUAAACUUUGUGGUAAUAAAUAUAAGAACAGUAACAGUCUACGUGUACAUUCGUAUCUCUAUCAUAAUGCUAAGCGAGAUAAACCUAAUAAACCAUUAGUGGAUGGUGGUGCAUGA